CUCCAAUCAUCCCAAAUCAUCAACUAAGCUCACCACUUCCAACCUUCAAAUCAUCACCACCACUAUCAAAAUGGCCGCCAUCAGGACCACCACCACUAUCGGCUGCACCGUCAUGGCCAAGCCCAAGCCCACCACCACCGUUGGCUGCAAUGUCAUGGCCAAGCCCCACGGCAACAACAAGUCCAUCUUCGACAAGUACCACACCACCAUCGGCUGCACCAUCAUGUAAACAGCUUCGCAUGGCUGGGACAUAAGACGAUAUUGCAUCUCUCAGGCAGUGUCACAACCAAACCGACUCUCGAUUCAGAUGGAUGAGAUGGACGUCUAUUCCCGAAUGCGUCGAUAAUUUUUUUUAUUGCAAUCAUUUCAAACGUUCAGGCCUUGUAUUCGACAGCAACACCGUGGAAUAACCUGGCUUUUUUCCCCUGCCAACCUCUCAAGCUUAUCGACUAUUAGAUGGCAUGACGGCGUGGCUGGAUGAGGCAGCAUUGAGCUAGCAUUUGGGACUUCUGAGAAGGGAGGGAUAUAUGCUUUUCUCAUGUACACUAUAUAACAUAUAUAUACCACCAAACAGAUUUCUAUGUGAAAAAGAUCAUAC